AUGCUUCCUGGGGAGCAACGAUAUGUUCCUUCUAGACGCCCGUCCCCUACUCCGAGCGAAGGUUCAGGUCUUCCGUCGCUGGCGACUCAUAUUCAGGCGCCCGAAGCACCGCCUCAUGCGCCGUUUGCAUCAGUGCCGCCGGGCGAAGAGCUGCUCCUCUACUCGCUCAACUUUCCAUACGAUGAGCGCGAACGGCUACGGCAGCAGGGUCAGACGGCGCUCGUUCAAGAGCGUCACCAACGUCCAUCGUUGGACAGUCCUUCCCAGCGACCAGAAUCUAUGCCUUCCGCUCCUCAUCAGCCCUCUCGCUUGCUUCCAGGUACUGCCCCCCAGCAAUCUACUCCCCCGGGCCAGUCGCCCGAUGUGGCACCCGCCUCAUCUGGCGGAGUUCUUCCUUGGAACUAUGACACGGUAAGAGCGUACUGGAUGGGCUACGCGAGUGCCAUGAAGGACAUCAAGGCUGGUAGGGAGAACGCGUGGGGGCGAUUGCAGAAGCAAGGCAAAUGGCAAGAGAUCAAACGGCGCCAUGCUCCGUAUCCGCAUGCCCCUUCGCCUCCGCGCCCGCCUUCUCCAGAGCUCUCGACUUUGCGCCAGGCAGCACCGUCAGUCAUCAGCAGUCUCGCGGGAAUGAGGCAGCAGCAAGGGUGGCGGCCACCUCAGCAAACACCGCUCGAUACAGUAACGCUGACACCUGGGCGCCCCCGUACCACGGUGCCUGUGCCAGCAAGGCAAUAUCCUCCCGAGCCGUUCAGUCCUCCUGCCUAUCGUCCCCCCAGUCGACCAGACAUGCAUGACAUGGAUGUGCAUGGUCAGAGGGGUGGGUGGGGAACCUAUCAGCCCGUAUAUCUGCCUAUCGAGGAUCAGACCGUCUACCCUCCCCCCAGAGACCAUUUACCAGCCGGCUAUCACAACGCACCGCAUGCCCCGUACCCCGCAGCCCCUAUGGCCGCCUCCCCCCGUGUCCAUCCUCCGCCUUUCUCUAUUGGAGAACCUUCUCACCAUCCUGUGCAUGGCGAUCGCUUCAACGUCCACCCAAGCGGCGAAGGCAGCACAAGCGAAUUCCGCCUUCCACGCAAACGACAGCUGAUCUCUUGCUAUCCGUGUCGAAAGCGCAAGCUGAGAUGUGAUGGACGUAAGCCUAUCUGCGAGCAAUGCGAGAGGCGAAAGGUUGCUUCCGAGUGUGGGUAUGCUGAAAGCGUCAAGCGGCGUGGAAAGGGAAAAAGUGCCGAUGGCCGAUCGGAGGAAGAGAAAAAGGAGGACGAGGCUGAUGUCGAGGUCGAGGUUGAGGCCGAUGUUGAGGCUGACGUUGAAACUCAAGCGGAAGGCGACGAAUCGGAAGUCCCUGUCAGUGUCAGCAGAAGUGGUAGAUACGAAUCUCGGGAUUCUCACCACGCAAGGGCUACUCGAGGACGUUCCUCUUCUUCUUCUGCCAGGCCCCUUGCCACCGAUGCAGAAAUUGGGGAAGCUCGUCGACAGAGCAAAGAGGGGGAUGACGAGGAGAUGGAGCAGAAGUAG